UGAGACAGCAAACCGGGGACAGCCUGAUUUCCGAGAGGGCGCUUCUGUCAUUACGUCUACGUAACCUGCAGCCUCAUUUGCUACCAUCUUUGUUGGGGGCGGACAACCGGCAGGCCAGAAUAUUCUCUCGCUAGUCACUUACUUAGUAUCUCUCAGCAAUCGCUAGCUAUGCUGGAAAAGUACGAGGAAGGUUGGAGCCAAGGAGUGAGCUUUUCACCAAAGACUUUCCCUUCCAGUGCCCCAUUGUCCCCUUAGUAACAUGCGGACCCGCGAAGGCGCGCGUCGCGCCGGUGACGUCGCGGCCGGUUCUCCGCCAUCUUAGCUGUGGACCGAGAGGUGGCAGCUUCGGAGGAGCCAAGAGGGGUACGGCUGCGUAAAUGCCGGGGCUCGGCGGGCGUGGGCUUUGGCUGGGCCUGGCCGUGGCUGCGGCAGCGGCGGCGAUGGCCGCACGGCUGAUGGGCUGGUGGAGUCCUCGCGCCGACUUUCGCCUUUUCAUACCCGAGGAGCUGGCCCGCUACCGCGGUCGCCCAGGGGACCCGGGCCUCUAUUUGGCCUUGCUCGGCCGCGUCUACGAUGUGUCCUCUGGCCGGAGGCAUUACGAGCCCGGGGCCCACUAUAGCGGCUUCGCAGGCCGAGAUGCAUCCAGAGCAUUUGUGACUGGGGACUACUCUGAAGCAGGCCUUGUAGAUGAUGUAUCCGACCUGUCAUUUUCUGAGAUGCUGACACUCCAAAACUGGCUUUCAUUCUAUGAGAAGAAUUACAAAUUCAUGGGAAGGGUGAUAGGAAGGUUCUAUGGAGAGGAUGGGCUCCCCACCCCAGAACUGACCCACGCAGAAGUCAUGAUGACCAAAGGCUUGGAGGCGAACAGACAGGAGCUGAUAGAGAAGCAGAGGUUCCCACCGUGCAACGCUGAGUGGAGCUUCAUCAGGGGUAGCCGGUUCUGGUGUUCACAGCAGAGCUGUCGUCUAGUUCGGGCAGCCUUCCUGAUCAUUUCUGCAGGCACCGCAGACUCCACAGUGCUGGCAUCCAAUCUUCAUCUUCUUCCUCGAGAUUCUUCUGGUUUCCCUGGCUGGUUCCACCAUCGCCAUCUUAAAGCAGCCCCGUCACACCAAGGACUCCACCCAACCAGCUUCCAGGUCCUGGCGAUCCCACCCCCUUACCUGCUCCCAGCAUUCCUCUGGCUGAGGCCUUCCUUUCUCACGUGCUCUAACUGUACUCCCUCCAGCUGCAACCCCACAGCCCCCUGCCAAGUCAUCUCCUCUGAUCAGGGCAUUAUUCUCCAACUGAACCUCUUCCAUGGCUCGCAGAUCUGUAGAGAUUAGGUGCUAACUCUUCAGCAGCACAGGAGGCCCUCCUGUGGUCCGUUCUCUCUCCCACCCCCUCCCACGUGCUCGGAGCCCUCCAGCCUUCAUCUUGCUGCUUUCUGCGUGCAGCACCUUCACCCAGGCCGUCCCUUCUACCCGGAAUGACACCUCUUGGGCUGUUUGUCCAGCUCUGUUCCAUGGUAACUCAGUCAACUGGAAGGCCUCGCCAACUGUCAACCCACCAGUGGAUUUAGACGUGCUUUCCUCUAAGAAAAUAAUUCUGUGUUCACUUCUAAAGUAACAAGCAUCACAGUGCCCUGUAACUAUGAACUUCCUGCCAACCUCUCGUGUUGGACUGCAGACUGUCUAAAAGAGACAGGGACUGAACAUAACUUGGCUGUGUAGCCCCACGGCUACUGUACCUGGCACAUGGGAAGUGUGCUAUUUGCUCUGUUUGGCAGAUGAGGCAAGCACAGCCUGAAGAACUUGAUAAAGGCGCAAAGCAAUGAAGCUGAGCCUAGACCUCAAGGUUCUUGUCUUGAUUCAGUGCCAUGGUCCUGUAUCCAGUUUGGUGUGUGUCUGCCCUCCUGGAACAGGACAAACAAUAGGAGGCGGACUUGUUCCAGGUCCCACACACCCUUGAGCGCAGUGUCUGAGGCAUCCUGGUAACUCAGCCCCAGGUUGACAGAGGACUAGCGUCAUUGCCACUGCUCUCCUGAGUUAUUCAGUAUUUACCAAGCGCCUGUGUCCCCUGGGGUUGGGGCUGGGAGGAGAGUGAGGCUCCGGCCCUCGGGGAGCUCACAGUGUGGUGGAGUGAAACCCUGGCUAGAGCAGCCAGAGGCCACUCCUGGGGGAGGAGCACGGGGACAGCAUGGGGGCCAGGUCCAGAGAUGUUUAGAUCUUUCCAAAGACAAACAGAAAGAAAAGGAACAAAACGAGGCAUACGAGAGUCAUCCCAGCCACGUGUGGACUAACCUGAUUUCCACCCUCGAAAGCACUUCUACUACCUGGGCCCCCAGACUCCUUCAAACGGGCAGCAGACACGACUCCACCGGCCUGCACCAGGGAGGACCUCACUGUGCACACCGCAAUUCGUGCUUGCCCAGGAGGGAGGACGCAUCACUUACUACGGAUCACCUUCCUCAGGGCAACCCUGUGAGCCAGAAGAACCAUGGUCACUUCUAUUUUAUAAACACGAAAACUGAGGCACAGAAAUCAUGCAACUUGCCUGUUUUGUACUCACUUAGUAUUUAUUGACCUAAUAUGACCAAUGUUCUCCUCAAGGAUGGCUGUUAGGAUUACUUUGGACUAUUUCACAAAAGCCCCUAACAGUGCCUAUUAAUUAUGAGAAGCCACCAGAAAAGGAGAUUUAUCAGUCAUUACAUCUAGCCUGAACAAGGGUGAGCAAAAUGGAGGAUGGGUAAAGGAAAGGAAAACACUAGCUCAAGAAAGCGUUGAGGGCCAGGUGAGCUACUGGAUUUGCGUGACUGUAUGUGGGGGCGGGGAAUGGAUCACAAGACUUUUAACUUGCAAACCCCUAAUCUUGCCUUAGUUUUCUCUGAAACCCACAGUAAUGGUCCUCCCUUCAGACCACAGCCAGCUGAAACCUCACCAUGGAUCUUCUCAAGUCGCUCCUAAAUAACUGAGUCAGGGAAUUUCCAGGGUCUGCGGGAGAGCUGCAGUGGGGUCAGGGGGCUGAGCUGGAGCAGCUGUGGUCAUGGGUGUCACCGUGAGCUGAACUCUGGGCCAAGAGCACAGUACAUCCAGGCAGCUGGUGGUUAUGUUCACAGCAGCUUAUUUUUUCACUGCUGUCAACAAUGUGUUUCUGAAAAAAGUGUUGGAAAUUCUAACUUUCCUGGAGGGUAGUUGUUAAAGAAAUGUAUUCACAUGUCAGGAGUUUAAAGACAUUUUGUGUGUUUGUUUUUAAUUCUUAUUGGUACUUUUUGCAUUAAAAGGAACUACAAAUGUU